GAUUUUCAGUCGCACCGUGCAGCACACAUCGUUCGUCCUUCGCUCAAUAGUCAGUCACACACUCGCCCGCGUAGUCGUGCCUGCUUCUCAGUUGCAACGCGAGCUGCAAGCAACUAUUUUGGACUCCUACUCCUAUUCGUUCUCGUUCUCGUUUUCUGCGUCUCAUAAUGGCGGCAAAUCGUGAAUUUUUUAAUGAAAUCAUUGGCAAUAUUGAUGAUUUAUUUGUACCCGACGAUCUGCACAGUGCCCGGCGAGAGCUGCAGGAUGGUGAGAUCUCGAGGACCCUGGAGCGCUGCUACAGCGUGAUAGCGGAGUCGGGCAAGCUACUGAGUGGCAGCACGGCCUCGGCCUUGGCCCACAGGAAGCCAGUGAGUGCCACCUCGUCGCUGCAGCUGUCGGUGACGAGCUUCCUGAGCCGCUUCCUCAAGCGUGCCGUCUACGAGAAGAUCAAGCGCCGCCAGACGCGGCUCGAUCACAAUCUCUUCGAUGUGCUGUGGCCGGCGAUGCGGAAGACGUCCAAGGCCCGCCACCUGGAGGAGGACAUCAAUUAUGGCAUUAUCGCACCGGACUUUGAUGUGUUUGUGGUGUUCCAGGAGUUCCUGGUGCCGCUGCUCAAGGACAUGCACUGCCUGUGCAUCGACGCCGACUUCAAGCCGCAGCCGCGUCUCGCCUUCUUCCCAAUGGAGAACGGGGAUCGGCUGAACACGGCCGCCUUCGUCUACGACGAUGAGUCGCUGCUGGUCACGCGCUGCAUUGUGGAGGCGUCGCGCAAUCUCGACCAGCUGGAGCUGCCGCUCAACCUGACCAUUGGCCAGCUGGAGCAGGCCGAGCGCCUCAUGAUGGGCAAGAUAUUCACGACCAGCUUCGCGGAUGCCAUUGGGGAGACGGAGUCCGGCAACUACUACACCCUCACGGAGCUGCUCGAGCCCGACUCGGAGGUGGCCCUGAUGCUCAGCAGCCUGGGCCUGAUGAUAUCCCUGCUGGACACCAAGGAUCUGGUGCAGGCAGCCGAGUCGACGGCCUUCAAUGGCGCCCUCUGGCCGUACGGCCGUGGCGUCUUCGUCAACUCCGCCCACAACAUGGCCGUGUGGCUGAACUGCCAGGAGCACCUGCGGGUGAUCGCGACGACGAGCAGCAAGGAUCCGGGCGACAUGGGAGCGUCCUAUACGCGGGUGGGACGAGCCGUCACCUAUCUGGAGACGCAGCUGCACUUCAAGGAGAGCUACCUGCUCGGCUAUCUGCAGUCGCGGCCAGCCUUCCUGGGCACGGGCCUCAAAAUGACGACAAUCGUCAAGCUGCCUAAUCUGAUGAAGGAGAUGGACAACCUGCGGCACCUGUGCUCCGUGCGGGGCCUCAGCAUGGUGACGAACCGCCUGUCCAAGCUGACGGUGCGGCUCAUCAAUAUGCAGAGCAUGGGCAUUGCCGAGUACGUGCUGUUCCAGGACUAUUGCACUGCCGUCACCAACAUCCUGUCCCUGGAGAAGGACAUGUCGCUGACGAACUCCAAGCACAUUGCCACCAUGCUGGUGAAGAUCUUCAAGCGCAAGAAGAACAGCAUUGUGGAUCGCAAUUGAAUGCCCCACCUCCAAAUUCCCAAUCCCCCAAUGUACAUACAUGCUCGUACCCGUACCCGUACCCGU